GAAAACAUCUUUGUGUAAUGAUACAAUUUAUUACAAUUAUUUUUUAUAUAUAAAAAUUUAAGUGUGUGUGUGUGUGUGUGUGUGUGUCUAUAAUUAUAUAAAGAGCUUUACAUUUUUGUGUAUAUAUUUUUUUUUAAGGUUUAAUAACCUGACUCCAGUCCUCUCUAGCUGUUUUCGUGCUGUGUGUGUGUGUGUGUGUGUGAGAGCGCUAAUGGUCCUGGGACUUUGGUUGUUAUGGUGUGAAGCUCCACCCUGGAACGAGACGAUCCACAAACAAAGUGAUGCUCAGCGCAGCUGAAAGACACGAAUCACCAGACGAGAAAACUUCCUAGAAACGGAGAUCAGGUAAGUGGAAAAAGGUUUAAAUCCGAAAGAUCUGAAGAAUCUUUAGUGUGAUUGUCACCUGCUGUUCUUUGAGUGUUUAGAGCGCUGAAGUGGGAUGUAUUUGUUGUUGAAUUGUUCAGAAAGUAAAUAUGCGAAAUGCUUUCAAGCACAUGACCUCUGACUCACAUCAGAUCAACAGCUGAAAGAAUCAUGCACCAGUUUAUUUCUAAUGCAAAGUACACAUUUCAUGUCAAGAGAUAAUGUAACUUUUUUCUUAAAAGUGCAAAAAUAAAUAAACAUUCCCAGCAGUUUUCUUGUCUAAUUUUACUGAUAUUUAAGUUUUACUAGUUGGUUUUAGUUUAACCAGUGGUAGUAAAUACUGGUGUAUUUGUCGUGUCAUUAUGUGAGCUACUAAAGGAAAGGAAGCGUGAGAACGUGAUGAACAGAGGAGUGCUGUUCUGCACUAGUACACUAGGAGUCUGCUGGAUCGUAUCAUUUUCUGUCUGUGUUUGCAGAAUGCUGAAGUGGACGCUGGUGGUGGUGUGUGUCAGUGUGUGUUUGGGUCAGAAUCCGAUCAACACCGACCCAGAAGAAGAAACCGAACUGACCUCUGAUCAGCACGACCGCAUCAUUCUCAAACAAACCUAUGUUCAUAUGAUGAAGAACAAUAAUAAGCUGGGUGUGUUCAUCGCUGCCGCUAUAGGAACUCUGACGCUGAUGGCCGUGGUCUACUGCAUCUACAACCAGUUUUACAGCCAAAACAUUUACUCACACACUCAGCUGCAAGAAUCAGAUAUCGCUCUGGAUCUGAGCAGCUCGUCCUCGUCUGUGUUUUCUGGGUAUGUGAUGGAGGGAUGGAUGCAGCAGAGGAUGGAGAAAGGAGGAGGGAGCUACGGCUCUCUCUCUGACACUCCUUCAAUAAUCACACUUCCUCCUCCUCUUUCACCUCCUCAGCGUGCGUCUCCCUUUCACUCGCUCUCUCGAUCCAGACCACCACCUCUGAGGACUAUUUCAGCCCAGGAUCUGGAGAAGAGCUUCAUCUGAGACUGUGUGGGUGUGGGUGGGUGUGUGUGUGUGUGUGUGUGUGUGUGUGUGUGUGUGUGUGUGUGUGUGUGUGUGGGUUUAGUUUACAGCUGUAUGCUGAAGUGAUGUGGCUCCUGACUUAUAUGGCUUUCUAACCUCUGCUAUAAACUCUCAAACCUGACCUUUAACCUUUCCAGAUUUGAAUGCAGGUCUGCAGUUAAUGUGCUUGAUGUAACCAUCUUUAAAUAUUUAAACAUUAGAAUGUUCUAUUCUCUCUAGUGUGUUCUAUUAAGCAUGCUGUUGGUUUCUGUUAGUAAUUUUCUAUUCUAUUAUUACGCAAAAUGUAACAUUGCUUACAUAUUUUGCUAUUAUAUUCUAUUAUACUCUGUUUUAUUAUUUUGUUUACGUCUAUUUACUCUAUUCUGUUUUUUUUAA